AUGAUCAAUUAGGAUAGCUCUAACAAUAAUGAUGUAUUUUAAUUUCCAUCAGAAUUGAAAAUAAAUGAAGAGAAUCAAAAAGAUGUAAACUAAAAAAGAGUAGAUGAAAAACUAGAAUUAUUACAGCCACAUACCUAAAGUUCUUUGCCUUCUGUAGAAUAAUUAGAUAUACAGCCUGGUCCUUAAUUAUUACAAUUCUUGUAUAAAAUAAAAUGAUUUGCAUAGCUCAUAAAUGUCUAUUGAUGAUUCUUAACAUUAAUUAAGAAAAUAGAUGUCAAUUGAAUUAAUUAGUCCAUCUCCUUUAAAGAAGCAUAAAGAAAAAGUGGAUUAAAAUAUAAUAGAAAUGUAGUAAGUUGAAAAGGUAGAAUAAGUACCUUAUAUCUAAACUCGAAGAAAAUUCAAUAAAACUAAUUAUAAUGUUGAUGAUUCUCCAACUGAAGAAGAUGAUUUCAAAGCUUGUCAUUGUUCUAAAACACAUUGUUUAUAAUUAUAUUGUUCAUGCUUUCAUAAUCGAAGACUUUGCACAAAUGAAUGUAAAUGUAACGAUUGUUUUAAUGAUGGUAAACAUGAAGAUGGAGUACUUAAAGCAGUUGAAUAAAUUAAAUUAAAAGAAUAAAGAGCAUCUCAUCAUGACUUAGAUUCAUUUGAUACAAAAUAAGUAUGGGGAUGUAAAUGUAAGAAGACAAAAUGUGUGAAAGGUUAUUGUGAAUGUUUUAUAAGAGGAAAAAAAUGUACUUCACAUUGUUAAUGUACAGAAUGUGAAAACAAAAGAUAACCUAAAUAACAUAAGUAAUAACCUUAAAAAGAAAUAAUUAAAAAAAUCAAGAAAAAAAAAUAGUCAUGA